AUGGUGGAUCGCGUGGAUUGCUCGGGCGUCUAUAUUGACGACCGAGUGCGGUCGGAGAGAUGGGUGCGCAGAAAUUCCAUUGACGCAUCCGCCAUAUCAUCUGCAGGUUCAUUCGGGUCCCCCGAAGAACCGGAGGCCCUGCAGGCAGAUGUGGAGCAGCUGCUGGAGGUGUGCAAACAAGUCUAUCUCUGCCAUACUGGAUCCACAUUUGCCACGAAGCUCGCCGAGCUCAGCGACCGCGCAGGCAGCGAGUGUAACCCGAUUUUUGCCUUUUUCGAGGUGGAUUUUAGCGGCGAAGAGUCGAAUCUGGCUCGUCGGAAAGCCGGUCGCGCCUCAUGGACAGACAACGCCCCUCCGUCUCCGGGCUCUAUCCACCGCACCUUUACCUUCUCCACCCAUUCCGAUGAAGCACGCGGCCUGUCACUUCUUUCGGGUGUCUCAAACGAUAUCCAAGCCCAGGAGGGGCCGAAUCUAGUCAUCCCUGUUGCCGUUUUACGCCUUCCUACUCCCGAGAAUGCUGCUGCGGGUCCCACGAGUCAACCACAUUUCCGAGGACCUAUCACGGCGGAACAUAAGCAGAUCGCCCGUUGUCUGGAUGCCGGUGCUGUGGAUGUCUUGACCACUCCGCUCGAUCGGUCACGGAUCCAAGGACUUGUGGUCCACGCCUACCGUACCCGCAAAGCGGCCCAGCGAGAGAUGACCCGAUUCCUUGCCCGGAGAAAGCAGCGAAAGCUUUCGUGGGUUGGUGUCCAUGACGAGCAGCCGUAUUCGUACCUAAGAGAAGCAAUGGUCUCAAAGCUCAUGAAAGGCAUUUGCAACCCCGAAGAAGUCAUUCAUGAAUUCCAGGAGCGUGAUCUCAACCUCGAUCCUACCCGCGUGCCUCUUAUCAAAGAGCAAAUAGGUAGCUGGGACUUUUCGGCUCACGAUUUUACCGAGGACGAAUUGGUCUUUGGCGCUUGUGAGAUGAUACAGCAUGCUCUCACUAUGCCUGGGCUAGAUCGUUGGCGGUUGACCCCGGAUGAAUUGCAGAACUUCCUUCUCGCCUGCCGCGCUGCCUACAACUCCUUUGUCCUUUAUCACAAUUUCCGCCAUGCAAUCGAUGUGCUACAAUCAGUCUUCUUCUUUUUGCUGCAGAUCGGUGCCUUGCCUGCAUAUAAAACCAUUGGUCAAGGUCCUGUGGCCGAAUCUCCUGUGGCCUCUCUUCUCUCCCCGUUCGACUCCCUUACCCUUCUUAUCUCGGCUAUUGGUCAUGAUGUUGGCCACCCGGGUGUUAGCAAUUUCUUCCUUGUUAAACUCAAUGCCCCUCUUGCUCAACUAUAUAACGACAAUUCCGUCCUGGAAGCGUUCCACUGCGCUGCAUUUUCCCAGAUCCUGCGGCGGCACUGGCCCGCAGCAUUCAAGGAUAACCAGCUGCGAAAGCUCCUUAUUAGUUCUAUUCUAGCCACAGAUAUGGGUGUGCACCAGAAGUUCAUGCAGCGAAUGGGCUCAUUCCAAGAAAAGUUCCACGAAAACAAUCGGUCCGUGGAUGGUUGGAAGCCGCAAGAUGUCGACAUGUACAAGACUCUCGUUUGUGGACUAUUGAUCAAAUGUGCCGACAUUAGCAAUGUGGCUCGGCCGUGGAAAAUUGCAAGGAAGUGGACGCAAAUCCUGCAAGAGGAAUUUGCCAACCAGGGAGAGAUGGAGAGAGAGGUUGGAAUGGAAACCACGCUUUUUGGUGGGCCGCCAGAGUUAGAGAACGUGUACAAGCUGGCCGUUGGUCAAAUCGGAUUCAUGUCAAUAUUCGCCUUACCCCUCUUUGAGGGCAUAUCCGACCUUCUGCCGCACUUGCAGUUCAUUGCGGACGGUAUUCGUCGCAAUCAAGCACAGUGGCAAGAACUUUCCAAUGAGGAACUCAAAAAGCAAGGUCUGCCGAUCGAGAAAAGGCCUGAGAUCACCGUUUCACCUCGCUCCCAUAGUCCUGCACCUCGAUCCAUCAACACCGAAAAGCCGCUCCUUGGUUCAAGUGAUUGCGCAGCGGACCACCUCAAGAGUCCCGUGAGUUCCUACUCUGGUGCGUAUAAUCAAAACACCAUUGAGCCGGUCGUAUCGCCAGACACCUCGGGUCCUCAAAUCGAGAUCACGGGGACUCCCCUUGCCCCACCAGUUGAUACAUCAUCUCGGAAGUCGUCUGGUGCCGUGCCAGAUCUUUCAUACUUCUCCAUCCCAGGCAUCCCAGAGUCAGCCCGUGAUUCCGUUUCAACGCAGCUCCACAGCCCUCUUGCGGAAGUAAGCCCUGGCACCGAGGACCCGGCUGUUCUAGCCGCUGUUUUAUACGCGAACUCGGCGCUCGGUGGAAGUGCCUUAUCAGGCGCACUGGGACGUGAUACUAGCUCUGAGCCUUCUGAUAGACCGACCAGUUCCCGCCAAGGUCUUUCACAUGACUCUCAACGCCAUCAUGCGCAUCACAGCUCGUCUGCUCGCACUGGAUCCAAUCGCAACAGUUGCACACGGACGCAAAGUACCUACAGCAAUACUAUGACUCCGAUCUCUCCCACAACUAAUGCCUCGAGCUUCUUGGCUGUGGAUAGCGGCGAUGAGAAGCGGAUCUCUGGUGAAAGCGGCGCCCACAGCGACCUUGGAGGACCAGAUGACAUUAGCACACGUCCUAGCACAGCUGAUGUUUAUCCCUCGAAUAUAUCAGAACCUUUAGGUGGCUACAGCCCCGGCCGUGGCUCUAUUCUCGGUCGAGGUCGAACUCGAUCCGAAGACGGCGCCAGCAAAGACUAUUCCAGGCUAAGACCCCAUAGAACUCGCAGCCCAAACCACUCGACGACCACUGGCGAGAGUGUCAAGAAUGAAGUCCCGCAAGUGGACGAUUCGCAUGGUCACCGUCGACUCCCCAAACGACGGAGUCGACUUCGGCUCGCUUUCUGGAAGCGUCGCAAUCAUUCGCACGAGGUCCGUGGAGAGACAUGA